AUGGAGAGCGACCUAGAGAGCAGAGUGAACCACUUCUACGAAGUGGUGCGGAGGGAAAUCCUAAAUUUCUUCACAGAGAAGAAAGACAAUAACCAGUACCUAAGUUACGCACGGAUACAACUGUUAAUACAAGACCUGAUGGACUAUCUAAAUAAUGGUGCAUUCUACACCUUCACGAAAGCGUCCCAAGGGGAAGGCAACACCAUGUACCUCCAGGAUCCUAAGUUCUUCGCAUUUUCCAUGAUCCCACAGAAGCUAAGUCGAAAUAUCCUACAGCUUUGUCAGCAGUGCACACUGCUUCACGCUGAAUUGUUCGAUAACAUCGUUUGUGAUAUGCCAUUUUUAUUAAGCCUGUUUGAAGGGAUAAAACACUACGAUGAGUUCUGUGGCAGGUUGAUUGGUAUUUGCGAGAGGGUCUAUUUGAGUAUGGAGGACCCAGGGCGAGAUAUAAAAAACGACAUACGGUGCGUUAUUGGCAGAUCCGACUAUAUGUUGGACAGCAGACAAGACGAACGAAACGGACAGAAUGGAAAAAACGAAGGAAACUGCCACGUGAAGCAAGUCGAGUACAACACCAUUUCGGUGGCAUUAGGGAACUUGUCGACCGUCCUGUUCGAGGCGCACAAGAAUAUGCUGAAGCAGAUUUACCGGGAGUACUUUCCCUUCAAGGGGGAGGGUCAAGCGCAAGGGCAUCGGGCCGGAGGAGGAGGAUAUUCCCUAACCGACGUGGGCUCCAUCCUGGAGAGGAAAUUUAAAAAUGACUUCCUCGAGGGAACACUCACAUGCUUGAAGAAGUGCCACGAGGCUUACCUCACCGAAACACAACCGUUGCAAGGACAGAACAAAACGAUAAUCCUUUCCAUUCUACACAAUGGGGAUCUUAACCUUUUCGAUAAAUAUAGGACCAAGUAUGAGUUAAAUAAAAUGGACAUAACGCUCAAGUUCUUAACCUUAAAAGAGCUAGAACUUUUUUAUGAAAAAAAAAAAAUUUUUUUAAAUUACCCACACGAGACGUUAGAAGAGACAUUAAAAAGGGUGAAGGAAUGUCAAGGGGACCUCCAUAAGGAGAAGUUUGCUCCAGGGAAACUCCUUCUCGAUUUGAAUACGGAAGAGUAUGACCCAUCUGGGGGAAAGUGCCCCAAUUAUAAGCAGCACGUGUUUGAAGUCAGCGUGGUGUAUUUCCGCUCACUGUACUCACCAGAUCACUUUAAUGAGACCAUUUGGCAUGUGAGGGAGUUACUCGAAUUCAGUGACGCUGUAAAGAUACCAUGCCUGCCUUACCAGCUAGUGGGAUUCAAACGAAUACAAAUGAUCCUCCUUGAUGAGUCCAUCCUAAAACGCUACCUGUCUCUAGACUUAAACAAGAUGAGAAAAUCAGAAAAGCAAAUACAACAUGAUAUGAAGCUCCUACAGAAAACAUUCGCCCUGCAGGUUGAUCCUUCACUGAGCGAAAAUGAGCACAUCGUUUCGCAGGCCAUUCGGGAGGAACACAAUUAUUUGCUCAAGCCGCAGAGGGAAGGAGGAAAAAACAACUUACACGGUAGAGAUAUUAGGGAAAAGCUUAUGCUUUACUAUAAACCGGAGCAACGGGAUAAGCUUUCCUUUUAUGUCCUCAUGCAGAAGUUGUUUCCGACUCCAUUUACUGCAGUGCAUUGCAGGACGAGGUUGCGCCCAAUUGGGGAGGGCGCUAGUGAUGCGUCCCACACAGAGAAGGAAAAAGUGGGAGGAAAUAUCUCCUGCGUCCAAUGUGCGAACAAAUCCGACGUCCUUGAAUUCUCUCCUGAGCAAUCCAUCACCGAAAUUGGCCUUUUCCACAAUUUUGUGUUUUGCAAAAAUGUGAACCUGCUGAAUGAACAGAAGGGGUACCUGAUACGGACGAAGAGCGCCACGGAGAACGAGGGCGCGGUCAAAAUGCUUUCCGUGCUGAGGAACACUCUCCGAAACGCAAAACCUUUGCGUAACUUUAAAUUGUUUUUACGAGAAGAGGACUACUACUCCCCUGGGGAGGAACAAACGGCACUUCGGGCCACUACACUUAACUCCGAUUAUGGAUCCCUCCAUGCGAAUGUAUUUUUUAACGACGUGAGCAUAUUAGUGGAGGAUCCGCGCAUGACGGAGAAGAACAGCACGCUGCUGUUUAAUAAAGUUCGAAAUGAUAAGCGGCACAGAAAACGGGCCUUCCAGAAAAGGGGCUACUGGAAGAAGAUGCACUACUUCACGCGCAAGGCCAACAUGAUGAGCUUCGCCUUCAAGAUGCAAAAUAUCGAUUACGAAAAAAUGAAGAAACUGAAAAGGGGGGAAGUUUAUUCCACAUAG